UCUUCCACGGCAAGAAACAACAGAGUUACCGGGCAUAAAAUGGCGGUUCCCGCAUCAAAAAAGCCUCUGUUGUUGUCUUUCCUCUGGUUUGGCUUAUUUGUUGCCGCUGCAUCUGCCGGAAGCUUCUACGACAGCUUUGAUAUCACUUGGGGAGAUGGCCGUGCCGACGUAUACGAGAGUGGGCAGCUUCUCACUUGCACUCUUGACAAGGUCUCCGGCUCAGGGUUUCAGUCCAAGAAGGAAUACUUGUACGGUAAGAUCGACAUGAAGCUCAAGCUUGUCGCUGGAAACUCAGCUGGUACCGUAACCGCCUACUACCUUUCGUCUAAAGGUGCGACAUGGGAUGAGAUUGAUUUUGAGUUCUUGGGAAAUGUCACAGGACAGCCUUACACUAUCCACACCAAUGUCUUCACCGGAGGUAAAGGUGACCGCGAGAUGCAGUUCCGCCUCUGGUUCGAUCCCACCGCUAAUUUCCACACCUACACCGUCCACUGGAACCCUCUUAACAUCAUCUUUCUUGUGGAUGGGAUCCCAAUUCGGGUGUUCAAGAACAACGAGAAAAAUGGAGUGGCUUACCCUACGUCCCAACCCAUGAAGAUAUACUCAAGCCUUUGGGAAGCUGAUGACUGGGCCACGCAAGGCGGUCGCGUGAAGACCGACUGGAGCAACGCACCAUUCAGAGCACAUUACAGGAACUUCGACGACAAAAGCUCAUGUAGCAGGACAUCAAACUUGACAUGGGUGACUUGUGACGGAAACAAAAACUCGUGGAUGUGGACCACUCUCAAUAACCACCAGAUCGGACAGAUGAACUGGGUGCAAAAAGAAUUCCUGAUCUACAACUAUUGUACCGAUUACAAGAGGUUCCCUCAGGGUUUUGCCAAGGAGUGUUACCUUUGAAAACUUUGGUUGAUCCUCCUACUAUGACAAUUUUCGAGCAUUUUCCUCAAAAACUUUUGUUCUAUUUCCCCUUCGUGUUAUUUGA